ACAGAAGGAAGAGAAAGAGAGCCGAACAACACAAAGAGAAGAGCACAGAGCACGCCAUGGACUAACGGAGCAUUCUGCUAUGCGAAACAGAACCUUCGUACAAAACAUCCUCGAUAGAAACACACUGGAGUCAGUCAAGUUGGGAAGCAGAAAGCAUUCUGACAACCUGUUGUAAUACAAGAUAUCCGCAAGACAGAGGAGAAAAGAACUGAACCAGAUAAAUAUGAAUGUUACAAACGGGACAAAUCAACGAUCGCCCAAGACAACCUCGCUAUUUCCUGUAGUAUUGUACAUUCUCAACAUACCGUUAACGGUACUAGGUAACUCACUAUUAUGCUGGGUUGUGUACAGAUAUCAUCGAUUAAGGACACCUAAUAAUAUGCUACUAGCUAGUCUAUCCGGCGCUAACAUGCUCAAUGUCUUUGUCUUUGUUUCACGAUUGGUCAUUUAUUUUUCACUCGAGGUAGAACAUAGAGCGGCAUUUUGCUCCAUAUUAACGGUUUUUUAUAACAAUGUUUUGUUUUUAACCACCAUGCAUUUGUGUAUUAUUAGCGUAGACAGGAUGUUAGCCAUCAAAUAUCCUUUAAGAUACCCAUUAUGGGUCACUAAUAGGCGCGCUCUUUUCUUCGCAAUUGUAUUGUGGGUUAUCUUUGCUGAACAACUGAUACGACUAGUUUGCAUAGCCGCAGAUCAAGAUGAUUUUUGGAAGCACAUGACUCGAUGUUAUGGCUCUGUCAAGCAUGCCACGAAACACCGACCACUCAAAUUUAACAUAAUAAGAAUCGGGGCCUACAUUUUACCGUUUUUCGUAAUGUUGACGUCCUACGGUAUCAUUUUCAAAGUUGUUAAAACCCAGUCGAGAAAGGCGUACCCAGAAACACCGAAACAUUAUAAAAGGAAAUCUGAGUUGAAAGCGGCCAAGACUAUCGGGCUGCUGAUAGGAGCCUUUGUGAUCUUGUACACACCCUUGUACAUUUGCAGUGCAAUAAGAGUCAUAAAGGUCGGUGAAACAUCACCCGCGCUGAAAAGGUCCAGAAAGAAGAUCUUAAAACAUCUGGGUUAUUUGAGUUCAUGCGCUUCUUGGAUCAACCCAGUUAUCUAUGCCUUUACCAACAAUGACGUAAAGGAACACCUCAAGAAACUGUUUAAAGACAUUUGUAGAAAAAAUAGAUGAAACUGUAAUAAUGAUUCAGCUGUGUAACUAGUAAUCGGCUUUAUUCUGAUGCUGAAAAAACCCAUUGCACCUAAUUCAACAAUUUACGUGCGAAAACUUUUAUAUUAUUAUUUUAAUCUAUUAUUACUGUUCUGUGCUAUCUUGAUGGUAUUCUUACUCUUUGAUUGCAUGUGUCUUGAUGGUCAUGACAUGUGAUCGUAAAGACAAAGAUCUUAUUUGUACAUAAAUUUGACAAUGUUAUUAAACUGUGUAUGCUUAGCUGAUAUGAACU